UGAUUUUGCAUUUCUGGGAGGACUGAUUUGUUUACUAACAUUUCUCCUCCAUGUCAGCUCAGGCACACUGCUUUGCACAGCACAGCCAUCUAAAGCAUUGUGCUUACAGUCAAGCACACGGACACAGCCCCCUAUCAAAACACUCCCAGCACACAGUUAACCCUUUGAUCGUUCUUCAUGUUAACCCCUUCCUGCCCAGUGCCAUUAGUACAGUGUCAGUGCUUUUUUGUAGCACUGAUCACUGUAUUGGUGUCACUGGGAAUGUCAAUGACACCAAGUCAGUUCCCCCCAGUGUCAGAAUGCCCGCCACAGUCCUGCUAUAA